AUGAGUCGCGUCGGCGAACGCUGGAACGUCGCAGACGCGACGAAUGGGCGGAGCUUCCGAUUCUCCACGACCACCCUUCUAGGCAGAGAGACGCUGAGAGACCAUGUUCAGAGCGGAGGUAGCAUGAGAAAGGCGAAAAAAAAGAACGGCGGUGGUUUUCCGCACUGGCUUGGCCCACCCGCAACAGCCAGCCAGCCAAGCAGAUACCCGUCGACCUCGUCGGCGGCUCUGUUCCAUGUCCACUUGAGCCACGUCGUCUCCUCCUAUUUCCGCUCCAAGCGGCCGUUCCUCACUCCGCUUCUGAAGCGACUCUCUAUUGAUAUGAUCAUGCCAGGUAAUCUUUCCUCAUCUCCUUCUAUCUACAGUAAACAUUUACAGUAAUGCUAUAGGUUUUGAUGUGAGAUGUGUUUCAAUUCACCUAUUUUUAGUGAACCGGAUAAAGAAGCGGAUUUUGUGAGUUCAGUUGUUUUCGGUCGCGUCUUCGCAGACCAGUAGAUUCUGCAACGAGUUUGAGUAACUGUUACCUUUUUCAUUCUCAAUUCGCCCAUUCUCUAGUCCGGUAGUAGGUUUUAAUCCCGAUCGCAUGAAAGUUUACAGUCUGUCAAAGUGACAGCAAGAUUUGCUCUACAUACAAAUGUUUUCGGGUUUUCACUUUACCGAUAUCUGCUUCUUCGUGAACAACGGCCAUUUUUCCAACUAUCGCUUUCACGCGUCCGCGGACCGGGGACCUUCAUGCAAACGGUCUCUGUCUUUUUCCAUUCACGUGAUUAUUAGUCUUAGUGGCUUGAAAUUUGGUUAAAACAUCUUCAGGAAGCUUGAAGCAAGUCCUGUUUAUUGCCGUUCUCAUUGUUUCACUCCUUGUAUUUUUUCCUAUUAUUUCUUCUUGCGAAUCUUUCUAUCAUUCAAUAUGACCAGCCUUCUCUAGUCCUGAUUCUGAAUUUUCGGUCUUUCUCAACAAUAAGCUUAAAAAAAAAUUUUUUUGGGGGUUUUUUUUCGAUUUGAAAAAUUAUUCGCCUUAUAAAGGUCACGAUUGGCCAGCCUAUUUGAGAUCGCGAUUUCCUCUGGACUUAGUAUGACACGUUUUUGUCGCGCACGUCGUCAUUUUCAUCUCGUGGACAACGCAUCCAUCACUCGCCAGCCGGCGACUUCUUUUCCACAAUCGUUUUCUUCACCCCGUCCUUAUCAAUUUAACACUUCGAGUGUGCCGCUGGGGUCGUCGUCGACCGCGGUUUGUAUUGUUUAAAGCAGCAGUUUUGUCUUAGCAAAUUUAUACCAUCUUACGUUUGGAUCUUGCUUCUGGAUUGGAAAAGAUUGGAUAGUUUUUGGAAUUGCAUUUGAUAGGAGCAACCGUAGCCGUGCUAAACUUAUCAUUUCGAUUACAAGCGUGAAGCCUUUUUUGGGCCUUUUUUCGACUGACCAAACAGCUUCAAAAACUGUUAUCCUUUAUAUUUUUACUUCUCAGCCGGUGGUCUUGAAUAAUUUGUCGUGCAUAUUGACGCCGUCUGCCCAUAUUGAAUGUCCGGACAAAAAAGUUCUCAAAGAAGGGCUUUUUAACGAUUUUUCUGCUGAAAAGCCUAUCAUCAUCCGCUCUUCAUAAUGGUGUUUGCGCGCUGAAAAAUUUGCGCCGCCCUUCUGUACGAUACGAAGCUCUCCAGUUACCGUAACCUCGAUCGAGCCAACGCGCUUUUACCUGAGUCGCCGCGAAUCGCUCUACAGAAAGCCCAGCGUAAAGAAACUGGUUCUGUAUUUGAACUUAAUUUUGAUUUCAAUUAUUUUCUCGACUCGUCCUUCGACUUCCUGUGACCUUCUGAAAUAUCUCAUCCGAUAGUUGAAAGACCUGCGCCUUUUUUACGAUCACCUAAGUUUUCUUUAAUUGCUCUUCUUUUUUGUAAAGCGGGUCGCAAAAAAUGACUGAAAGAACGAGAAAGAGAGAGAGUUGACUUUUUUGCCGAUUUGCGUUUGGCAAUAAAACUUGCGCGUUUUAUCACUAUGGGAAUUUGGAGCGUGUCGGUCUGUGGCGGGAAAAAAGAGUUAUUGUCGUAGACCAACCGAGUACUGGAAAACCUUGAUCAUAAGAAAGGCUCAUGAAACUCUUCAAAAAAUGAAAUUGCAGAAAUCGACGAGAUCGACGUGGUGAGCUGCUCACCAGCGCCGUCCUCGGACGCCGAAUCAGAAAUCGGCUCCGGCGAGACACGGCCGCCUGAUGACGUCGAAGCGCAGCUGCUUCACGAGAAAAAAUACUACUGUCAGCGCUGUCUCAACCACGAUCUGCACUACCCCCGCAAAGGCCACAAGCCUUACUGUAGGUCUGUUUUGGCUUCCUCAACCUUUUUCCAAAAAGGCUCUUACCAUCAGAGGAUCAAUCGAAGGACCUCAGACGCAGUAGUUGAUCAUUUCUAUAAGGACAAAAACACAAAAAGAAUCAAUCCAAGCGUGCUAGAAAUGAAUCUCGACAUCCGAGCUCCUAGAAAGGAAAUAUUUCACUUGUAUGAGGUAAAUUUCAUCGUAUCGCUGAAAGGGAGAAGUUGAGAGAGAUGAAAAUGUUUGAGCGCGCAGACGGUCGUAUUUAGUACGAAAACUUUUUUUUUAUCUUCGGAUUGGAAAAAAUUUAGCUUUGUCGGGAUAUUUUUCUUCUCUUAAAGAUUAGAAUAUCCACUCAGCGUAAUUAAAGUCAGAAAGUUUUUUGGAAACUCUUUGAGAAGAACUUUGAUUUUUUGUUUUAGAGAUUGGAACUCUAGCUAUCACGAAACGUAGUCUCGCUCAGCUCCUUUCCUUUGAACAAAAGAGCUUUGGACUUUUUCGCCGGCUUCACCUAUCGCGAUACGAAGAAGAAAUUGCUCCAGUCCACUUGGGUGUUGUUUCACUCGAAAAAACAGAAAGGACCUCCCGAGAGUCGAUCGUUUUCUUUUAAGUGCCGCCCAUUAAACGGCGCCGGCUCACCCUUUCUUGAUGCCCUUUUAGACUGCCGUUCUCUUGAAAAAAAUAAACGAAGAGGCUCAAAAUGAAAGCUUCAGACAUUCCCAUAGAUCUUAUUGGAAGCCUGAAGUAAUUAGGCUUUCUGGAAAUCCGUCGAGAUUUACGAAGAAUUAUUUCGAGCAAAAAGCAGUAGGAAAAUAACUAGCUUUGAUGAAAAAAAACAAUUUUUAAAGAUGGCUGAAGCCUAGAAGUUUCUCACUCUAAAGAGGUACUCACGUCGUCAAAAUAAAAAAGCUCCGAAGGUUAACUUUUCCGCAAUUUGGGAUUCGCACAGAUUGCGGCUGUUUGAAUGAGAUUCUUGGUCUGUUGAAAAAUUUCAUGCGAAUUUUCAUAAAACUUCAAGGUUUUUAUCAGUAGUGGUUUCUCCUUCAAGGAUUGAGCUCAGAAAUUCCGGCAACCGGUAAGCUCUCCGAGGACUUGAGUGAUUUGGCGGCGUUCUAACCGGCGUCGCUGAGCAAACACGGCGUCGGAUGACCGCCAGGACCACCCAGUCCGCGUCGCCGCUGCAGCCUUUUCUUCGUGUGUGGCCUUUCCUCCUUGGUUGUCCCUGUAUGGGUGGUCCAGUGGACGCGGCGUGAGGGCGGCGCCACAAGGCUGCGAUCGCUGCGACGAGACCACCUAGGCAGGAAACUCUUGGCCGCUGGAUCUGAGACUCGCAGACGCCGUUUCUUCCGGCGCUGGAGCCAUGUUUGGAAGGAUCCAAGAAAACGAGUUUUGAGACGUUUGGCAGGUUCACUGAGAGGCUGAUGCUACUCAGAACUCCCAGCGUAGUCCGCAGUAAGAUGACUUUUCUUGUCAGAUUCGCGGCUCACGCAGAGCUAACCAUAGUCAAAAUUUUUUUGUUUUCCUUGUUUGGGGUCUGAAGUACGCUUGAUGCGAAACAUAAGAAAUAUGAAUAAUUAAGUUUGAAGUGGACAUGAGGAAAAUUUGAUAGAAAGAAAAAAAGAAAUUUUCUAUUUAAUCUUAUCUGAUCUCAUGUGUUCAUAUUAUUUCUUCAAAACGGAAAACAUGAAAAAAAUGAGUUUUCAUGAAAAACAACCAAAAAAAAAGUAAUGAAGAAAAUAAAAGAAAACUAUCUCGCAACUUAUGCACGGAGCGUAAAAUUGACGUAAACUUUAAUGCCCUUUUUCCAACUUUCUUGCAGUUCAGACCAAAUUUAGAAGACUCGUCCUUUUUCAAAAAAGACAGAAACACAAACUUUGCAACAUUUUUAGUCACCGCAGGAUUAAAUUCAUAAAAAGAUGAAUCGAAGAUGUCAGCUGGCUAACAUGCGAUUCAGCGGAGGUCGUUUCAAUAUCUGUUUACGGCAAUAUCGUAUAUUCGUCGUUCAGACACGCGAAUUGGCCUCGAUUUUUGCGCGACCUCGGAGUGCAAAAAAUCGUCGGCGCUUUGAAUGCGAAAUUAUUCUCCUUUUCCAUAAAGGCGCAUCUCUUUUUUUGUCGUAUAGAACCGCGUUCUCAGUGAAAAAAUGAUGGUGUGAAAUGAACCAGGGGCGAAAAACUGAUGCAAAAUGAGAAAAAGUUCCAAUUAACAAGUAAUUUUUCUAUAUUUAUUCAGGUUCUCGGUUUGCAAAUGCGAGGACUGCAGUAUGGUCGAGCAGAGACGGCAGCUCAACAACAUGCUCAGUCGAAAACGCGUUCGUUUUUCCUUUUUCUUUCCUUUCUGCCGUAACCUGUCUGCUCCCUCUUUUCCCUCAGCGACACUCACUUUCAGGUGCGAUUUUAGUUUUUAUUUGGUAUGGUUGAGGGAAGAGGGGGUGCAGAAAAGUCAUACGUAAAACGAAGUAGAGGACAGGAAAAAUGUAGUUUUUCUUUGUCUUUGGACUGUCAUCCUUAGUUCUGCACGCUCCACUUUGAAACUUAUCAAUGAGGAAACUUCGUGGUCCCAUUUCUGAGACUAUUUGUGAUUCACGUCAAAUUUUUUACAAACGAUGAUUUUCUGCGCAAUCAAUUUCGAGCCUUAUCACCAGCAGACAGUCCGGUCGCACUUUUAAUUAUGAAUCGUUUCGUGCUCUCGGAGACAAACGUCAAUGAAUUAUUGCGUAUGAAACAUACAUUGGAUGACCAAAUCAAAGCUAAAAUGAGAUGUUUCUCAUUCUGGAGAAGGUUGAUCUUGAAUGAUCGAAGGUUUCAGCUUCAGCUUCCGACGAGUCCGCGAGAAAUGGUGAACGGCCGUCGGAUCCGAGACCCGCAAUGCGCCCGCUGCGGAGCUCACGGCGUCAAAAUCCCGUUGCGUGGCCACAAGAAGAGCAUGUGCCAGUUCGCCACAUGCAGCUGUCAACUCGUACGUUUCCUCCGACUUUCUUCUUUUCCGCCUAAUUAAACGGAUAAGGAGAGUUUUUAAUCGAAGUCUAAGCUCAAGACAGAUCUAAGUUCAAGGGGCAAGAGUGGACACUGCUUGAUACGCUCGAAAGCUUCAAUAAUUCAAACGCAGUCAGCUCGGGGUGAUGCCUUUUGUUCGUGUCUGCAAAUUUCAAAAAUAUACGAACCAACUAAAUGAAGGCGAGAGCGUGUUUUUUUUUGCUUCUUUUCUUACGGAGGAAACUUCAUUUUUUUUCUUGUUUGUUCGCUUAAUAAAGAACCAGACGAGACAAUCAAUCGCAAAUAUUUGCCAAACUCGAAAUAGUGAUGCCUUGCCUCGUAUCCUGGCACCGAUUGCGCUAUCAGCGGCCUUUCAAAAAAUUCUCGUACUUUUUGAGCAGUAGUCUCUGUCCAGGCUGAUAAGAAACGAGUUGGAUUAGAUAAGAAAAAAAAAAUGCGUCUUCAGAAUUGAGAAUGUUUUCUUUGCACAAGAAAAACAAGUUUUCGCGACAAACGGAUGUGCCCAGGACUUUUUUUAGUUUGAAAAAAUGAAUAUGGACAUUUGGAAGUGGGAAAAGCGGGAUUUUUCCGAGCAAAAAACUAGGAGCGCCCUUUGGGGCUUAUAGCCGAUCGAUACCAACGUGGGCGCACCUUUCGGAUCUGCGUGCAAAGUCAGAGUAGAAAAAACGUCCAGAACCAAGGGUCGUAAAAGUCGGACGAAAACCCGUGGUGCGCCAAAGAGACGGCCCCAAAAAAACGCUGACACACACUGGCGCGUUUAACGACACCACUCACAACGCCAAGGUUGUUGCCAAUAGGCGCGGACUACGGUAACAAAGGUUGGGAGGUUAAUAACCGGUUCGGAUGGGCUACGGUGGCUGAGGAAACUGAGGAUGUUUCGUGUUUCCUUGCAUAAUGGCACCCUUGGCACGGCGUGAUUUAUAAGCGACGUAGGAGAAAACAGCCAUUUUCCUGCCGAGCCUCGUUUCAGUCUCGAUAGCAGGCUUCGAGGUCAGGGAAGCAUCAUGGUGAUUAUAAAUUGCAAGAAAUUAGGCGAAAAAAAGUCUUCCGAGCUCCGAAAAUAGGACUUUGUAGCCAGAGACAAAAAUUUUCGUCUUUUUGCGUAAUUUCACAAUUUCUUGAGAGUAGAAGUAGAUGAAUACAGUACUGAAGAUUUCAGUGUGCAUUAGUGGAGAAUCGCCGGACGCUGAUGGCCAAACAGAUCAAACUGCGUCGAGAUCAACAACGCCAGCGCGACGGAGCUCCUGUGGCAGCCGCAAUCAGCCGCCGCAGUUCCGAACGCGAGAAGAGCAUCUCACCUACGAGUAAGCAUCAACCUGCAGUCUCAAAAGGGGAAUAUAUAUUAGACGGAAAGGUCAUAGGCCAAAUCUGGAACUUGUUUGAGUUUUCUUCUUACCCUUUUCAAAUUAAAAUUUGCGAUUCAGACACGGAGAGCAGCACGGCUAGCGGAGUGACGCCCUCUCCACCUCUAGGCACUGGUCCCAGCUCAGCCUUCCAUCCGAUCCGAAUGCAACUUCCGAUGUUCAACCUGCCGCCACAGACGUUCCCAGUCGCUCCGCAGAGCUCUGCCUUAUACCUUCCCCUGUUGCCGCUGGCCUCUCCGGCGGAUUUCCGUCUUCUAGCCACGCCGACGGGGUCUCCGGCGGCUUUGCCCAUCACCAGCUCUACGCUGCAGCAGUUGCAGAAUCUUAUGUGGCUACAGCAACAGUUUGGCGUCUUUUCUCCAAAAUGA